AUGAUGGUGGUGUCGUUAUAAAUUUUGUUUUAUUAAACUGAUACAUGACAUAAAUAUUUCAUUUACUAGUGAAUAGUGAAUACUAAGUUAUACGACUAUUAAAUUUGAUUAAAAACAACGAAAAAAACAGAGUGACGCUUUAAAGAUGGUCCAACGACGUCGUGAGUCUCUGCUCCUUCGUUUGAGUACAAUACUCUGCAAUGGAAAUCCCUGGAUUCGAAGUGAUGGUGCAUUGACUAACACAGAGCUUAGAAUGACGAAUCAAAGGCUUCGAGGUCUGAUCUGGUGGCGAAAAUGGACCAGAAGAGAGUGGACCAUCGCAGCCGUCGGAUUCACUAUACUGAUCUUGGUUUUCUCCCUUCUCUCCAAUUCACGGACCAAAAAUCUCUCCGCCACUGAUUCUGAUUGGGUCCCCUUAACCUUGUUGCGCAAUGCCAAGAACAGAGGCGCCUUUUGUUUGGAUGGGAGUAUUCCUGGAUACCAUUUUCAAAAGGGCUUUGGAUCUGGCUCUGUGAACUGGGUUCUUCACAUUGAGGGUGGAGGUUGGUGCAAUACAAUAGAGUCGUGUUCUGUUCGUAAGAACACUGCAUUAGGUUCUUCGAAGUACAUGGACCAUCAAGUUCAAUUUAAUGGAAUUUUGGGCCAUGACCCAUCACAAAAUCCUGAUUUCUUUAACUGGAACAAAGUCAAGAUACGUUAUUGUGACGGUGCAUCUUUUGCUGGCCACCCUGAAAGUGAGUCUAAGCAUGGAAAGGAACUCUUCUUCAGAGGCCAGCUUAUCUGGGAAGCACUACUAGAUGAACUCUUGUCAAUAGGAUUGUCUAAUGCCAGACAAGCACUUCUUUCAGGAUGCUCUGCUGGAGGGUUGGCAACUCUUAUACACUGUGAUAAUUUUAGAGAAAUUUUGCCAAAGGCUGCUAAUGUCAAGUGUCUUUCUGAUGCAGGCUUUUUUCUUAACCAGAUAGAUAUUGCUGGAAAUCACACCAUUGAAUCUUUUUAUCAUGAUGUUGUCCACCUACAGGGUGUAGCAAAAGGCUUGGACAAGGAUUGUAUGGCAAGAACAGAACCGUUUAAGUGUUUCUUUCCUCAAGAAUUUAUUAAUAACAUAAAGACACCACUUUUCCUCGUCAACCCUGCUUAUGAUUUUUGGCAGAUACAACACAUCUUGGUACCUGAUGCAUCGGAUCUGCAUCACAGCUGGUUCAAAUGCAGGCUGAAUAUUCGUGACUGUAAUCCCAGCCAAAUUGAAGUACUCCAAGGUUUUAGGAAUUCAUUGCUAGAUGCGCUCAAAGAAUUCCAGCGGAACAAGGAAGGGGGAAUGUUUAUAAAUUCUUGCUUUAUUCAUUGUCAGACAUGGACGGCUGAGACAUGGCAUUCUCCCAUUUCUCCGAGAAUCAACAAUAAGACAAUUGCAGAGUCUGUAGGCGAUUGGUACUUCGACCGGGAAGUAGUGAAACAAAUUGAUUGUGCUUAUCCUUGCAAUCCUACUUGCUACAAUAUGGAAUUUACUCAGAGCUGAUGACACUUGAGACUUUUUCUGGCUCGCUUAUGGUUUAUGCUCAGCUUCAUCCCCAGUUUCUUGGCUUUCAGCACCAUAAAUCAUCUUCUCUUCAGCUAAAGUGCGAUUAGGAGUUAAAAUUGAAGAUGCACAAAUAUACAGUAGUUGAUGGCAUCAUAAGAUGGGACUAACUACAUAAUUUGCUGCUUUGUGCUUCAUGGAAUCUGUACUCAACUGGAUCAAGCCAUUUCAUGUAUUUUAAUUUUACUGUGAUACUUUUUGUAUAAUCACAUUCUUGUACUAUUACGAGUUCCCCAUCGGCUUAAUCCUGAAUUGGAUUUCUUUUCUACC